AAUGCACCUAGUACAUCUAAAAAGGUGUCUAGUUCUGAGUCAGCUGACCCUGACGAGGAACCAAGUGAAUUUGAGGGGUUUGAGUCUGAUGAUGGUGGGGUGUUUUCCUUAUCAGAGUUUAUCCCUGACAAUGAUAGCUCCUCCGAUGAGGAGACAGCAGUAGAUAUUUGUGACUGUGGAAGAGCCCACAAAAGAGAUUGCCCGCUGAAUCCCAGAUAUAGGAAUGCAUACUCUGGCAAACAAAAGAAACAGGGGAGUGGAAGGAGGAAACAAUGAGGUACUUAGAAAGAUGGACUGAGACCUCCCUUGAAUACAA